AUGUUAUCAUUCAAUGAAACUCUACAAAAGAUUGAAGAGCUGUGUAACCACUGCCCUGGUCUUCGAGAAGGGACUCGUAAAGAUCCAACCUACAUGACUUUCUCUAAUGCUGCAGUCGCCGAUCCCGAUGAAGGAAUGUGGUAUUCAGUAAAUAGCAAUCUCGAUACUGUAUACGGAAAAGAUUGUAUCAAUCAAAACAUAUUGAAAGGGCGGUUUGGACUUCCGAUGGUGGUCAUAUGGAUCAAGGAUGCUCGAAAGCAUCACACAUGGGAUGCUGAUUCUGACAAACUUGUCAAGAUCAAGCUCGACAACAUCAUAACCGCGCUUAUAGAAUUUUAUAUACAACUCAAAUCAGAUGCGGGAGCUGUCGAUAAGAAUCCUGACAAACAACCUAGCCGCGAGAAACGUAAGACCUCUGAGACCCUACAGCGUCCAUCCAAGCAGCUACGAACAGCUUCUACUAGUACCAAGCAAUUGACAAUCAUAGUUUUAUCCUCUGACAAUCAAAAACACCACAAAUCAGACGAUGACAGUGAUCCGGUAUUCAUCGGAGGUACUUUCCCGAAGAAUCUUACCGGAGGUUCUUUCCCAAAGAAACACAAGAUCAUCGAACUGUGCCCUUUAUCGAAACCCGGCGAGAACUGCUCCCGAUGCCAGGUGGAAGACCGCCCUGGAGGCAAAGAUCUUGCUUGCCAUUGUGGUGCCAAAAGAAUCUGGCUAAACGGUGGUCGUGUUAGAGUUGCGAAAAAUCACUGGGCCUCUGAGGCAUGCAAAGAGAAAACUGAUGACCUCAAGGAGACUACCGAGUUAACAUCUUAUUUUGGAAGGUCGGUAACUGCUAAGAACACGAUUGAACUCGACUGUCCGGGACUCAACAACGAUACAUGGAAACAAGACCGAGCUGUACAGUCCAUUGCAACCUUCGUCACCAGAUCUUUCUCGAUCUAUUGUGGCAACGUUCGACACGAAAUCUGCCAAGAACUUUUCGGCCAACUUGCUCAAGAGAGCAAGUUGACUCCAGCUCAGAAAUCUCAAUUGAUCACUACUCUAGAUGCUCGAUCGAAAUGGCAGAUCAAGCGCCACGGAGACCGCAAUUCAAUCUACUCUAGCCAGUGUAGUAAAACUUUUAUGGCCAAGAAAACCAUCAAGAACGCGUAUGCUGAAUCUGAAACGAUCAAGUAUGGCCGCGAUAACUACAUGUCAGAUAACAUCAACGCAUUUACACCUACAGUACUAAAGUCUAAAGAUGCACGUCUCUUGUCAACUUCGAUUGAGAAGGCUUCAAAGGGAGAUUUCUCCGAGUUUUGCACGGUUCUUGCUGCCUCAGCUCGAAAUGGCUUAUUUGCCAAUCGGGAUGCAACACGCGGGUUGAUCAAGGCUGUUGCAGUCAAAGCUGAACGCGAGAAUGCCGGCAAGACUACCCGAGGUAUGAAGAUUGAUUUGUGCCUCGACGAAUUUGUCAUGACGCUCGGCGCUAUCAGCCCGCGCGCUCUGAAUCUCUUCAACGACAACUUUGCGGGACGUAGCACUCGAAGUCUCAGAAUGAUCCGAGCCAGAGAAGGAAUGCAACUCCUCGAUGGUAUUCAAUUUGACAAUUUCAAACGUAUCGCUCAAGUCUUGAAAGAUCUUGGCUAUUCUGGUCCAGUAGCAGCAGCUUCCGAUCAAACGGUGUGUGUCAAGCGCCUUCGAUAUCAUAAUGGCUGUUUAGUUGGCGCGCAAGGAGGGGAUAUUCCUUUUGGUGAUCCUUCUGAGCUCCCCGAACUGGUAAAAAAUGUAAUCAAGAACAAGGAACUUUGUUCUAAAAUGCGAGCCUACACUUUACAGGUUCCUUUGCCUAACGUCCCAACAUUUGUAGUGGCGCUUAUUGCUAGUUGCGACAAGGAGACUUCAGAAGAUAUACUCAAAAAUCAUACAAAAUUCUUGGAAUUAUCUCAAGACGCUGGUAUCAACAUCCUUUCUAUUGGAGCAGAUGGCGCACCGACUGAACUCUGCGCUCAAACUAUGCUUGCGGAAACAGCUACUCAAUAUAUAUCUUACUCAAACCCGACUUAUAACAUACACGUGAAGGUUCCUCUGAUUGGUCAUCCACCACGACCAGUAGUGAUGGUCCAAGAUCCGAAGCACGCUCGUAAAACUGGCGCUAAUCAGUUGAGCUCUGGAGCACGCCUCCUCGUCAUUGGUCAACAUCAUAUCUCUAUACAGCAGAUAGCUGCUAUCCUCCAGUCUGGUCGGAGCCCUCUCCUUCAUAAGGAUGUCUUUGAUUGCGACAAGCAGGACGAUGGCCGAGCUUUUCAAACCUUGAACUCCAGAACCUUGGCGCUCAUCUUAGCUCACCGAGAAUUCUAUCCGACCACUCCUUUUCUCCCUUGGAAACAUGGUAGUGAACCAUGCGAACACAUCUUCGGCUGGAUGCGUAUCAUAUCCCCAAGAUUCACGGUUCUGGAUGCUAGAAUGAUGUUGCCAAAAAUCCAUGCAAUCGUCAAAAACAUUAUGUCAGGGAAAAUGAAAAUCCCACCUUCCGAACACAUGCAUUCUGGAUACCAGUAUGCGUUUUCGGAUGAGCCUGAAAACAAUCUUCUCGAAUUUCUUGCCGAGUUUCCAACUGAUGAAGAAAUUUCCGAGGAUCUAGCGAUUGCCCACAAGCGAGCCAAUCAACUGUCCCUGAUUGCUGGAAUGGGGUCACUGGUAUCUCUGAUCGAGGACGUUCCGGGCCCAGACCUGGAUGAGGUGGCUGAAAACUCGCCUGAAAAUUUAUCAGAUAUCUCUGUUUGCGCCACUCAACACUACAAUAUCGAGUAUGGAUAUACGGAAGGUGAAAUGCGCGAAAAGCAAGCGCUGGAAGCCGCUGCUCACUUGACCAAGGAACAGAACUCGCUUGCAAAACGCAGCAAUGGCUAUAUCAAAUCUGCUCAAUCCGGCGUCUUCAGAUAA